AUGGAGGCCAUUACCGAGGAGACGGCCGGUUUCCGCCAGGCAACCCAAAGUUACCUGGCGGAAAAUCGCGCCGAGAUGGAUUCGUUAAUCCACGAAAGCACCGACCGGCUCAUGGAGCAAACACGGGUUCCGGCCCAGGAGGCCCGUAGCUGGCAGACGAGAACUGUCGAGCUCCAAACGGAGUUCAUGGAACUCUUGAAACAAUAUCUGGAAGCGGGAGGCACUGUCCUCGCCGCACCAAUAUACCGCGCAGAUGCCCUAAGGGUCGGCGGACGACCGGCAAUACGCCCUUCGAGGGUUCAUAUUUUCACGGAGUUUAAGAAGCGAUAUGCACCUGGCAGUGUGCCACUCCAUCUCCAGCAUCUGCUGGACCAUAGAUUCAAUGGACUAUGGAUCCAAGCUUUGGCUGUACAGAACCAAGAUGGGGACAUGAUCCAAUUGAAAAGAAUAACCGGUGAAUCAACACCCCAAGAGGAAGACUUGACUGUCUGGAAGUGGUUGUUCUGUGAGCUUGGAGAAGGAGAGGAUCUGAACACCUUGGUGACGGAAAAGGAGAGAUGGGGAUGGGGUGGAAAGUUUACGUGGGGAACGCCAUUGGAGAGGGGAGAGCAGUGGGGGCAUGGUCAAUUACUUGGUGGGGAUGAGGAGAAUAUUGUGGUGUUGACGUAG